AUGAACACCGACCGCCCCGAGCUGGGGUCUCCGGAACAGUCGUCCUUGUCCCAGCAACAGCAGCAACACACACAGCAACACACACAGCAACACACACAGCAACACACGCAGCAACAACAACCUGUGGUGGGACAGUCCAUACCCCCAUCAUCCAAUGUGUCACAACAGCAACAGCAACAGCCGCCGAUAGUACCGACUCCACAACCGCCGCUGCCACUAACAACGCCAACAGAGCCUCCCCUGCAUAGCUCAUAUAGCAACUACUUUCGACCCUACACGUCUUCAGGAGUGGUAGGUGGCCCGCCGGCCUCCACCUCGCCCUAUCGCAACUACUCCAUGACCCGCUACUCGUCCACGCCCUACAUGAUGAGCCAGACAACCUCCACCCAUCUGCCCAACCCCCAGACAUACUAUCAUGAGAGUGCCUUUGGCAGUCUUGGAGACAAGGACAUGGACGUUGGAGGAGUGACCAACACGGUAGCGUCAUCGUCGGGCACCAAGAAUGAGUUCCGCGUGGCGCCCAUGCGCAAUUCAAAGGCCAAGUUCACGGCGGACGACGAUGAACUCCUCAUCGAGCUCAAGGAAAACCAAAAGUACUCGUGGAAGAGGAUAGCGCAGCAUUUCCCUGGACGCACGCCUGGCGCUCUACAGGUGCGAUAUUGUACCAAGCUACGCAAAAAGUCCCAGAACUGGACGUCGGAGGACUUGAAGGAUCUCACCAAGGCGGUACAGGACUACCACAAUGAAAAAUGGCACAUUGUCGCGCAGAAGAUGGACAACAAGUUCACCUCCAAUGCGUGCAGAGAACAAUACGAGUUGUUGACCAGUGCCACCAGGUGGCAGUAG